GUGGGCGCGCGGCGAUGGCGGCGCACCUGAGCUCGGGGCGCGUGAACCUGACGGCGCUGCGCGAGGCCGGGCGCCGCGAGCUCCGCGAGUUCCUCGACAAGUGCGCGGGCUCCAAGGCCAUCGUGUGGGACGAGUACCUGACGGGGCCCUUCGGCUUGAUCGCGCAGUACUCGCUCUUGAAGGAACAUGAGGUGGAAAAGAUGUUCACCCUCAAGCCAGGCCGUCUGCCCCAGGCUGACGUCAAGAAUAUCAUAUUCUUCGUUAGGCCCAAGCUAGAGCUAAUGGAUAUAAUUACAGACAAUGUGCUCAGGGAAGACAGAGGCCGUUCUCCCCAGAGGGACUUCCACAUUCUGUUUGUGCCGCGGCGCAGCCUGCUCUGUGAGCAGUGGCUGAAGGAGCAGGGCGUGUUGGGAUCUUUCAUCCACCGAGAGCAGUACAGCCUCGACUUGAUACCCUUUGAUGGAGACCUGCUGUCCAUGGAGUCUGAGAGCGCAUUCAAGGAAUGUUACUUGGAGAGCGACCAGACAAGUCUGUACCAUGCAGCAAAGGGGCUGAUGACACUGCAGGCUCUCUAUGGAACCAUCCCUCAGAUCUUUGGGAAGGGGGAGUGCGCCCGGCAUGUGGCUAAUAUGAUGAUCAGGAUGAAGCGCGAGUUCCCUGGAAGCCAGAACUCAAUAUUUCCUGUCUUUGAUACCCUCUUGUUGCUGGACCGUAAUGUUGAUCUGUUGACACCUUUAGCUACGCAGCUGACAUAUGAAGGACUGAUUGAUGAAAUCUAUGGAAUUCAGAACACUUAUGUGAAACUCCCUCCUGAGAAGUUUGCCCCAAAGAAGCAGGGUGAGGGUGGCAAAGACCUCCCCACAGAACCCAAGAAGCUCCAGCUGAAUUCUGCUGAAGAGCUGUAUGCGGAAAUCCGUGACAAGAACUUCAAUGCUGUGGGGUCAGUGCUGAGCAAGAAAGCCAAGAUCAUCUCAGCAGCCUUUGAGGAAAGGCACCACGCUAAAACCGUCGGAGAGAUUAAGCAAUUUGUCUCACAGUUACCACACAUGCAGGCAGCAAGGAGCUCUCUAGCAAACCACACCUCAAUUGCAGAACUCAUCAAAGACAUCACCACAUCAGAAGAUUUCUUUGACAAUUUAACAGUGGAACAAGAGUUCAUGUCUGGAAUAGACACAGACAAGGUUAACAAUUAUAUUGAAGACUGCAUUGCUCAAAAACAUCCAUUAAUCAAGAUCUUGCGUCUCGUUUGUUUGCAAUCUGUAUGUAACAGUGGACUGAAGCAGAAGGUUCUGGAUCACUAUAAAAAAGAAAUUCUCCAGACUUAUGGCUAUGAACAUAUAUUGACCUUAAACAACUUGGAAAAGGCCGGACUCCUGAAAUCUCAGACAAGUGGUAGGAAUAACUAUCCAACAAUCAGGAAAACCCUGCGCUUAUGGAUGGAUGAUGUUAAUGAACAGAAUCCCAAUGAUAUCUCCUACGUGUACAGUGGCUAUGCUCCACUGAGUGUGCGCCUGGCACAGCUACUGGCUCGGCCAGGGUGGCGGAGUAUAGAAGAGGUUUUAAAGAUGCUGCCAGGUCCCCAUUUUGAGGAGAGGCAACAGUUACCUACUGGCCUUCAGAAAAAACGUCAACAUGGUGAGAACCGAGUCACACUGGUGUUCUUCCUGGGAGGCGUGACAUAUGCAGAAAUAGCUGCACUGAGAUUUCUGUCUCAGAUGGAAGAUGGAGGCACAGAGUAUGUCAUUGCCACCACAAAACUGAUCAAUGGAACAAGCUGGAUAAAAUCCCUGAUGGAAAAACUGGAGCCUGCCCCUUUCUAGAGUCUGUGGCAAGAGAUUGCAAAACUGAGAGGCCAUGUGUGAUACAGGUACAUGGAGCUCUGGUCUUCUGGCAUGGCUGCUUAGACAUGAGAGAAACAUGAUGGUGGAAGAGACUCUCCUGAGACCAUGUUAAUGAUGCAGUUACCCUCAUUCCUCUCCGCACUCUAGGUCUUUGUGGAACUUCCUUAUAGAUGAGCAGUGCUGAAAGGCAUGCUCAAUGAAAUAAACAGUAGAAGAAAGAGAGACCUCUGGUCUGAAUCAGCAACCAAGUGCUAGGGAAGGGGGCCUGGUCCUUCCAUUUGACAGUGUGCAUCUUUUUUUUUUCUUCUUUUUUUCCUUUCAGUUUAGUUUUAAUCUGCUGAUAUGAUUACUUUUUUUGUCACCUUCCUAAGAAGCUCAGGAGGCAGGGUGACUUCUACUGAUUGCAUACCAAUAUUCUUAGUCUCUUUCAUCUGGUAAUUCUGUCAAUGCACUGAGGGCUGUUGUUUCUGAGAUCUGUACUCAGCUGUGCUUUGAAAGGCUAUCAUAGGGAGCUCCCUACAGUGUGCUCAUUUCCUUUCCUGAGGGCUCCCCUCACAUUCUAUAUUUACUGGUACCUACAAAGGUCUCCUUCUGGGCCAUGCUUAGGCUCUGUCCAGAACUACUGCUUUUGGAUCUGUUUCUUUGUAGCGUCUGUCCAUUGUUUAGACCUACAAGCACACUUUGUUCUAGGCUUAUUCCUGCUGCUGUAUAUGCAUUCCCAGUUACCUUGCCUGACUCAGUAAUUUUUGUGAUAUUCUUUUUGACUUAGUGAUGCUUUUCUUGAGAGCCUGUAGCAAUGCACGACUUGAUCUGCAAUUUGUGAUAAAAGUAAUGGCAAAGAACAAA